AUGGCUAUCCAUCCGCGCAUGCGCCCGGAGGGCUCACAAGGGCACUUAUCACCUCAACAAGCCCUAGCAAUCGCCGCAUGGUCAGAGCAGCAUGCAGCAAUGGCUAUGCAAGACUUGACCCUCUCAGAUUCGUCCCCCGCAGCAAGGGCUCCAUCCACACCGACCCCAACACGUUCAGGUCUGCGCGGAACCACCGUCUCGCUGUCGAUCCCUCUUGAUGACGAACCCACUCCUAAGGUCGAGUCGCGCCCCCCGACAGUCGCUUUUCGACGUCGAGCGCCACUGAGUCGCGAUACUCUCAAGAGUAGGGAAGCUCUGCUGAAGGGCAAGGAUGGGAGCCGUAGGAGACAGCGCUGGGAGAACGAUCGUCUGUUGCACAAUCCCUGGGCGGAACCACCGUCGAAGCAGGACUGGGAUGUCCAGCCGACCUAUCCUCGGCAUGACCCAAUGCCGUAUUACCUUGCGCCCCUAUGGGACGUUCACUAUUCUCAUGUGGCAGAUCAACAGUCGGCUCUGAAGGCAGCUGAGAGGGUUAAUGAGAAGCACCAUAUUCCGAAGGAACUUCGGACGAAGCUUAAGCAUGCGCGUGCUGCGCGGGGCAUGCUUCAAGAUCUGGAAGAGGAAGUCCGUUCCUUUAUCCAGAAGUGGAAUGAGAAGGAACUCCUGCUUGAAAAAGAGGGGCUAAAGGAUGCACCAGAGCACUCAGGCAGUGAUGAUUCGGAAGAUGAGAUUGUCUUUGUUGGUCGUAAUGGGCAGAUGCAUGAUUCUCCCGAGCGGAAGGAGAGACUCCGCUUGCUCCGGGAGAAUAUCAGCUCGCACAGUGAGCGGGAUGGGGAGAAGAUGGUGCUCGAGACUUUGGUUAAUGACCGCGCCGCUGGAUUCGGUCGAUGGCUGGUUCACUCCAUCGCAUCCUAUUAUGGACUACACACCUGGUCUGUCACAGUAGAAGACCGACGGGAAGCCUAUGUGGGAGUCCGACCACCAGCCCCGGGAAGUCGUGCCGGUCUAGUUUCCCACCCGACCUGCCACUCAGAGACCUUGAUCAAGCCUGGCGAGGAACUUCCUCGGCCUCUGUAUGUGCAGAUCUAA